AUGGCCGACCCCAGCCACAUCCAGUCGGCCGCCUCCAAGAGCAUCCGACCCUUCCGCUCCAGCGAGGAGUACCUGGAGGCCAUGAAGGAGGACCUGGCCGAGUGGUUCAACACCCUCUACGACCUGGACAUCCAGAACGAGGUCGUCUUCCAAGCCAAGAACGUGGUGCCCGGUUCCUUCAUCGCCCGGGAUAAUGUCUCCAACUUCAUCCAGUGGUGCCGGCAGGACCUCGGCAUCCAGGACGUCCUCAUGUUCGAGACCAACGACUUGGUGCUGAAAAAAAACGAGAAGAACUUUGUCCUCUGCUUGUUGGAGGUGGCCAGGAGGGGCUCCAAGUUCGGCAUGUUGGCCCCCAUGCUGAUCCAGAUGGAGGAGGAGAUCGAGGAGGAGAUGAGGGACCAAAUGGCCGACGGCGUCCUGG